ACUAGCAUCUCUUGAACUGAUGAAUGCCAUGCCUACAGCUGGAAUCUCAGAAUCCAUUCUGCUGAUAGAGCUUCUAUGCAUGCAGCAAGCAGAGGGAAGAAGCACAGACAAGUGCACAUGAUGGGUGGGAGCUACUCUAUUCUUCAUAGCAGAAACGAGGAGAGCAUCUUCGCUGGUUACCUACUUCCCUCUCCCCUCCUCCUCCUUCAUACAACACUCUUGCACUGUUCCUGGCAUUUCUCCUACAAAUGACUGCCUGAAUGCAGUGCUGUGUGAUUGGGAAGGGAAAGGAAGCCUUCCAGACAGGAGGAAAGAGGUGGGCGAGCUCCCCGACAUAUCUUUCUGUGCAAGCACACUGCCAAUGAAUAAUGCAGAGACUCCGGCUGGACGGAUUGUCAAUAGACACAUACAAGUCGACCACAAGCAAUUAUUUUUUAUAUUAUUUAUUUUUUCUUAAUUCUGUCAGUGCUGGAUUUCUUUUCCCAGAUACAAGUGGGUGUCUGCUAAUUGUCUUAAUGGCGAAGGGUUAUAGCGGGAAACAGCAACCUGAGGAGAAAAUCUAAUCAAUGUGAGGUACUAGUGGCCUUUGAAGAGCUGCGAGUUCUGUGAGGUACUGGUACCCGGAUGUUGCAGUUGUCUUUGGUUUGGACCCCCAGUCUGACUGAAGAGAGGACAACUUACACAAAAAAGGAGAAUCUGGAUAAAUGAAUUGUAGACUUUUAUGAAUAUCUGGAGUACCAUGGCCUAAAAAACACGGAUCUGUUGAUCCACUCAAAUCAGACCUUACAUUUGAACCUUACGAUAUUUAGCAAUAUAAUAUUAUGAAAUAAUACCUACAGCUUGUUCAAUAAAUCCUUCAAUCCCUUACUCACCUGAGAAAACUAUUUAAAAAAAACAAAACCUAAAACGUCUAAAUCGGAAAAAAACAACAUAUGGAAUUACAAAGAAAUAUAUGUAAUUGCACAUAUCAUAUAAAACAUGGCAUUGCUGGAACAGAAAGCAUUUUACAAUGAAUGAACAUUUGUCAUCAAAACCACCCACUAUCUAUAGCCAUACGAGAGUUGACAAUCAGUCCUAAUACAUGAUAGUUGUAUAUACUUCAUGAAAACCUGCAAUAAAGUGGAAAAAAAUGGUUCUUCCACCUCCAGACAAACGUCACGUGUGUCUUACAACUAUUGUGAUCAUGACAAGUAUGGCCUUCAUGGAUGCCUAUCUUGUGGAGCAAAAUCAGGGUCCAAGAAAGAUUGGAGUAUGCAUCAUUGUGAUGGUUGGAGACAUCUGCUUCCUAAUUGUUCUACGUUAUGUGGCUGUGUGGGUUGGAGCAGAAGUUAAGACGGCCAAGAGAGGAUAUGCAAUGAUUUUAUGGUUUCUAUAUAUAUUUGUUUUGGAAAUUAAGUUGUAUUUUAUAUUUCAAAACUACAAGGCUGAUAAGAAAAAUAUUGAUACUGUGGCUAGGAAGGCGCUGACAUUGCUUUUAUCCAUCUCUGUGCCAGGACUAUAUCUUGUACUUGUAUCAUUGGAUAGCAUGGAGUAUGUGAGAACAUUCAGGAAAAAAGAAGAUCUAAGAGGACGUCUCUUUUGGGUUGCUCUUGAUUUACUUGAUAUUUUGGAUAUUCAAGCUAAUUUAUGGGAGCCACAAAAGACUGGUCUCCCUAUAUGGGCCGAAGGACUUAUGUUUUUUUAUUGCUACAUCUUACUGUUGAUCCUACCUUGUGUCUCUUUGAGUGAAAUAAGCAUGCAAGGAGAGCAUAUUGCUCCACAGAAGAUGAUGCUAUACCCAGUUCUAAGUCUUGUCACCAUUAAUAUUGUUACAAUUUUUAUUAGAGUUGUGAACAUGGUUUUAUUUCAGGAUAGCAGAGUUUCAACAAUAUUUAUUGGCAAGAAUAUCAUUGCAAUAGCCACAAAGGUGUGCACUUUUUUUGAAUACAAAAAACAAGUUAAGGAGUUCCCACAAAACACAAUCGCUUUAGAACUGCAAAAUUCAAUAUCACACAAUCAAACAAUUCACAAUACACAAGGAAUUAAUCCUGAGCAAUCUCCAUCCAGAGAAAUCAUGGACACAUGACAAUGGCAACAUUUUUUCUUUUUUUUUUUUUUUUACUUUGCUAUACAGAAGAAAUAUAAUAUUGAAUGGUUGUGGGUAAGGGAUGGGCAAAUUACUAAGCAUUUUUUUUAGCAAGUGUAUAUCAUGCAGAUGCAUUUUUACUGUUGUUUCAUAUUUUAAGUAUAAAAACAUGCUGGUUGUUUGAAAGAGCCUUCAAAAUAAUUUACAUUUUGAAAUAAUGAAGCUUAAAAAUUUGGGAUGAGGAGCUUAUGUGUCAAGUGAAGAAAAACAAACACAUUUAGUGUACUGUACAAAUAUACAAAUAAUUUGCCCAUCUCUGUCUCUAGUGGAUUGUUACUGAGAAAACAAUGUUACCCAAGGCACAAAAAUAUUUUAAUAAAACUGAUGUCUUGACCUUUUACAUUCAUGUACAAAUGAAUAAUUACAUGACAUAUUGAUAAGAAAAUUACUUGAUUAGCAGGCUGAUCAUUGGUUGUGUUUUUAAAUUGUUCAUAUUUAUUAUUUACCUACUAUGCAUAUUUGUAUAGGCUACAUCUGAUUAUUCUGUCAACAUUUAUUUUUUUAA